AUGCCGCCCCCUAAAUCGGCCAUCAGUGACGACCACUCGGCUCCGGACUUGCAGAUCGUGGGCAAGCAGUUGACGAUUCACCGGUCUGGCUUCACUGGUGGCCCUGAAACUCAAGAUGAGCCCAUUACCGAACGUAACCUCGUCCACCAUAUGGCCCGCUUUCGAGAAAAUCCCCUCGACUUUCUCCGCGAGGUUAGCCUGUACAUGUCCGGCACUGGCUGGCGCGCAUACGACGAUGUGAUCGGGCAACCUGUCUUCUACUCGGGGUUCUCCGAAAAGAUGAAAUCACUCAUCCUGGGCAGCCCGAUGCUCCAGGAUAAGAUGAGGGAGCUUGCCGGCACUCGCGUCACAGUUGAGGAGAAGGAGGGUCUAUUAGCAAUCAGAGACGGCAACACGCUGGACGAAAAACGAGGUCGCCGUCGACACGAAAUCGAGACCAACCUCCGAGAGGUGGUGGAUGGAAUGAUGGACAAUAUGAUUUGCAAGAUGGAAAACAAGACUUUCAUUCGAGGCGCAUACUACAUGUGUACCCAGCUCCUGACUCGUGCGUACCACCAGGGUAUCCAUGUAUCGAGCGAGGAGGUUCUUCGUUUGCGUUCAGUGGCCCAAGAAGCCGCCAAUAAAAAGCAAUCCAUUGUCUUUCUACCUUGCCACAAGUCGCACGUGGACUAUGUCUCGCUGCAGUUGAUCUGCUAUCGGCUUGGAAUUGGGCUGCCCGUGGUUGUUGCAGGCGACAAUCUGAACAUUCCAUUGCUCGGCCCUUUCCUCCAGCAUGCAGGCGCUAUGUGGAUUCGACGCAGUUUUGGAAAUGACCCUCUAUAUCACACUGUCGUCCAAGCUUAUAUCGAUACCCUUCUUCAACAAGGAUUUAACUUCGAAUGCUUCAUCGAAGGUGGUCGCUCCAGAACAGGCAAACUGCUCUCGCCCAAGUUCGGAAUCCUCAACUUCAUUGUCGACAGCGUACUUUCCGGUCGCACUGAAGAUACAAUUAUUUGCCCGGUCAGCACACAAUAUGACAAGGUCAUCGAGACAGAAUCUUAUAUCAGUGAACUUUUGGGACAGCCCAAACAGAAAGAGAAUCUUUCUGAUUUCCUUUCAUCAUCCUCGGUCUUGUCGCUGAAAUUGGGCCGGGUUGAUGUUCGGUUCCACGAACCCUGGAGUCUACGCGAAUUCCUCAACCAGCAGCUUUCGCGGCUCAAUCAGGGUGACUUGGACGCUAACAAGAAACUCGCCCAAACCGAAAAGGGCCGUAUCUUGCGAACUUUGGGCUACCGAGUACUAUCCGAGAUCAACGAUGUUUCUGUGAUGAUGCCGCCGGCACUCGUAGGGACCGUUCUUUUGACCCUGCGUGGCCGUGGUGUCGGAAAGGGCGAACUAUGCAGACGGCUCGACUGGCUUUGCGACCGCGUGCGGGCGAAGGGUGGCCGAGUUGCCCACUUCUAUCGCUCGCCCACUGACCAGGUCGUUGACCGUGCUCUGGAUGUACUGGGUCCAAAGUUGGUGGGCGUGAUUCCUGGCCUGGCUGAGCCUACGUAUUAUGCCGUCGACCGCUUCCAACUGUCGUUCUAUCGUAACAUGCUCAUUCAUCUUUUUAUCACCGAAGCCUUGGUCUCUGUUGCUAUGUACACCAAGAUCAAGCAAGGCGGUGGCCCUGCCAAUCAGCGUAUCACAUACGAAGCGUUGAGGAACCAGGUCUCUUUCCUGUCUCAGCUUUUCCGUGGCGAAUUCAUCUUCCCUCCGGAGGGCCUCUCCUCUAACAUGGAGAACACUAUGCGCGGCUUGGAGUCAGAUGAUGUGAUCAAGAUUACUCGUGACGACUCUGGUACACCACAGUAUGUUGAACUCAGCGAGGCUGAGCGUAACUGUGGCCGUGAGAAUUAUGACUUCUACUGUUUCUUGAUUUGGCCAUUUAUCGAGGCAUCUUGGCUUGGUGCGGUGUCUCUACUUGGACUUACACCGCCUCUUGAUGGUGGCCAAGAUAACUGGAUUGACAUGAAGAAGUCCCAGGAUAGUGCGCAGCUGCUUGGCAAAACAUUGUACCACCAGGGCGACCUUUCCUAUUUUGAGGCCGUGAACAAAGAAACUCUUAGGAACUCAUAUCAGCGUUUCGAGGAGGAAGGCAUCAUUCUUGUUGCCAAAGAUAAAGAGUCCCGCGCUGGUCCUUCGCUGAAACUUGCACCAGAAUGGACGCCUGAGAGAGAUCCAACCACUGGUAGAGUACUCGAUCGUGGGCGUCUCUGGGACUUUACUGAAUUGAUCGCGCAAUCCCGUCGUGAAGGUAAAAACCGUCGUGACGGAGCGACUGUGUCCUCACGUGUCCUGACCAUGUCGGAUAUCGUUGGCCGCCAACUAUUCUACAAUGCUGCGGCCCCUGCUCCAGCUGAUGUCUCAUCUCGCCAAAUGCGCCGCAAGGCGAUUGCAACCGACUCGAAGCUCUAG